AUGUGGCUAGCUAGCUAGUUAGCAACUUCCUUGGCUAUCUGCCUUUCGCUAUAUAGCUAACACGGUAGCCUAGCACUGUACACCAAGGUUCUUGAUCGUUCCUAGCCAGUUAGCCUGCCCAAUGUUAGUCGUCGGACGUCACACAUAACUAGCUAGCUAGUUAAUUAUUAUUAGCCAUCCCAAGUAGGUGUAAGGGACCCGAAGAGGAAUGCCGAAGAAGUUCCAGGGAGAGAACUCCAAGUCGGCCACCGCAAGGGCCCGCAAGGCUGAGGCCCAGGCAGUGGCAGACGCCCGCCGUAAGCAAGAGCAGGAAGAUGCGCUUUGGCAAGAAAACGACAAGCAUGUGCUGAAGAAGGGACAGCGGAAGGAUGACAAGGAGAAGAAGCGCCUGGAGGCCCUGGAGAGAAAGAAGGAGAACCAGCGCCUCCUGGAGGAGGAGGCCUCCAGCCUGAAGGGCAGAGCGACCAAGGAGGCCGCGGGGGGCAAGGUGACGCGGGCCCAGAUCGAGGACAUCCUGCAGAACGAGCAGCGGCAGCCCCAGCCCGACGAAAUAACUCACCUGGACGUCCCGUUGGAGGAGAAUGUUAAUCGUGUUGUUGACGAGGACGAGGACGAUAACAAAAUUGAAGCCAGAAAUAUCGAGGAUGCUAUUGCAGCGCUAAGCACUGUGGAGGAGGUGGACCGCCAUCCGGAGCGGCGCAUGAAGGCGGCCUUCGCGGCCUUCGAGGAGCUGCACAUGCCCCGCGUCAAAAAGGAGAACCCCAACAUGCGGCUAUCGCAGCUCAAACAGAUGCUGAAGAAAGAGUGGAUGAAGUCUCCCGACAACCCCUUCAACCAGCGCUACGCCUCCUACAACGAGUAACGCGCACAUACACGUGUGCGCGCGCGUGAACGAGGAGGCUGCCUCCAACCGGCCGCAUCGUCACACACGGUGGAAAUGUCGCUCAGUCCAAAUGACCCCAUUUAUCUAGAAUGAGUAAAUAAGUGAAGAAGCAGCACCCGAUGAACCCCAAGAUCCAUACAGUGCCCUCAGCCGCGAUGUGCAACCGCUCCAGCACUGUCCCAAGCCAAACAAACAAACAAACAAACAAACAAACAAACAAACAAACCCGUCUCUGCUCUCCCACACUCCAUUGUCUCUCUCUCUCUCUCUCUCUCUCUCUCUCUCUCACACUCACUCACUCACUCACACACUCACUCACUCACUCACUCACUCACUCACUCACUCUCUCUCUCUCUCGCUCUCACACUCACUCACUCACUCUCUCUCUCGCUCUCACACUCACACUCACUCACUCACUCACUCACUCACUCACUCACUCACUCUCUCUCUCUCUCGCUCUCGCACUCACUCACUCACUCACUCUCACUCGCUCCUUCUCUGGUCUUUCCCACUUUAAUACAGCUCCCGUUAUGGCCCUCAGCCAGCUUUGCUGCUGGACCAUUGGAUUCAGGUUAACCACAGAUCAUUGGGUGGGGGGUGGGGGAAGGAAGGGCUCUAUAAUUCGGGCAGAGGUAAUAAAAUAAGAUAACGCAGGACUUUCAGACCUGUAGGUUAUGUAACAAGCUGGAGGGAUUUUAAGACCUUAGGGAACGAUCUGCUCUUCCACCCCCCACCGGUCCUUCCAUCAUUACUUUACAACCACACUGCAGGGGGAAAAGCCAGGGGGGGGGGAUCUCUCCAUAGGUCACGGCGAACUGCGGGGUUAUGCUCACCGCCGGCACCAACGUGGCACUAGACAACAGUACACAGCGAAAUCGCCCGUGUAAUAUUCAUGAGCAGCCCAGUUAUUUGCGAUUGAAAGUUAGCUCGUUGCGUAAGUGUUCUCGCAAUGUGUGUACUCGGCACUUACAGUGCAGUCCGUAAGUAUUUGGACAGUGGUAAAAAAUGUAGGGUUUUUUUUGGCCCUGUACUCCAGCACAUUGGAUUGGAUGACACAAUGAGUAUGAGGUUAAAAUACAGACUCGCUUUUAAUUUGUGGUUAUUUACAUCCGUAUCGUGUGAUGUGUAGGCAUUGCAUCCGUUUUUAUACAAGGGAUUAUGGUCCCUUAGAUUUGGACAAUUUCUCGUCGUUUUCCGAUUAGUCAGGUGUAUUCAAUUGCUUCUUUAUUGCCGGUAUAAGAAAGCUUUCAGUAUCCAGCCUUGAUUCUCGGUUUUUGAUUGCCUUUGGAGUCAGUAAUUGGCGUUUGCCGACACGAGGUCCAGAGUUGCGCCAACGGAAGUCGAGGAAACCACUAUGAGGCUGAGAAAUAAGGAGAGAGAGAGAGAAAAAAAAAAAUACAGUCCCAAGACAUACGCUUGCAAAAAACUGCCUUGUCUGGGACCACCAGAUAUGGAUGUAAAUACCCCCUCAUUGUUUCAUUUCAAAUCCAGUGUGCUGGAGUCCAGAGUCGAAAGAACAGAAAGUGUGCCGCUGUCCAAAUACUUAGACUGCACUGCAUAUAAAAAAAUUAAAACAAAAAUAAAAAUAAUUUAUUUGUAGGUUGUGUUCGCGCAGCUCCGGGGUUCGGGGCCCGUGCACCACGGAGCUCCCAUAUGCUGCUCUCAGCCGUACACGCCACCCCGCCAGCCCCAUUAGUCAAGAGCAUCUGGAGAGUGCCGUCGCUGCCAGUCCAGGUUCUGAUCACUUCGCUCCAGCCCUUUCACAACCCCCGCAUCUGUUAACGGGCUCAGGUCCGAAGCUAGGUGCUGCUGCUAGCUAUGCCCUCAAUGCCUUAUCGGUUCACGGCUAGUGAUCUGAUUAGCCGUUUAUGCUUUUUUUUCUUAGUUUUUCUUUUUUCUUUUCUUGUUUGCAUAUUUUGGUAACGCUUUACAGUGAGGUUGCAUGAAUUGGCAUGAAGUAACGUAGUUGUUACCCAACUAAACUAACAACUGGAAAGAUUAAGCCGCUCAGCUUUGUUUAUGUAUUUGUAUACAUUAAUUCAUGUUAACGGCUACAUUAGUUAAUGCCAAUUCAUAUCAGAAUGAAAAAUCGGUUGUAUUUCGUAAUGGUUAACUAAUUAUAGGUUUUGCGUAGGGUUUACUAAUGUAUAAAUAUUAAUGUGACUGAUACAUUAGUAAUUAGCAAAUACAUUAACUAAUGUUAACUAAGUUAAAUUAAUGAGUAAUGAAUGUUUUUGUAUGUCAAUUCAUGUUAGCGACUACAUUAAAUAAUGUCAAUUCAUGUG